UUUUUCGGCUCCCAGAUUUGCGCGUGAACUGGAAAAAUUACAAAGACACAGUGUGUUUUAUUUUUCUUACGACAAGUGUUUUUCUCACUCGUAACCGACGGAUACUCGCACCAAGCGUCGGAAAUUUAUCACUAUUGAAUUCAAAUUUCCCUAAUACGGAAACGAAAAUUUGGUUCAAAGUUGUGAAGUGUUGGAAAGAAAAUUGCGCUAUCUAAAAAUUCGGGAGCGAUCAAUCAAUCCGAAGACGUGAUGUCAAGAAUGGAGAAAAUAAUUGCUAGUUAUAAAUCUACACUGACAACUGACCAGUUUUAAUAAAACGAAAUAUAAUUUGACGGCGUUUUUCGCAACAUGCCAAGUCAACGUGACGGAACGAAAGUUUUUGAAAAAAAUAAAUAAAUAAGACGGCAGGUCAAAGAGAGAAGGAGAGAGAGAGAGAGAGAGAGAGAGAGAGAGAGAGAGAGAGAGAUAAAGAGACGGAAGGGAUAAGAAGCAUUUAAAACUACGACGUAAAAGGAAAAACGCUCUUACUUUCAAGGAACUAAAUUCAGGUUUAUACACCGCUUCAACGAUCGCCGCAGCGUCUCAAAUAUCACAUACGUGUAUUUACAUGUGCCUACGUAUAAACCUGACUUCGACCAGUUAACAUUGGGCUUUAUAAAUACGCGAUGAGACUACUUCGCACUUGACGUUCCUUUCAAGGAAUUCUUGGGCUCCGUAAUUCGUCACGUUUAUACGAGGUCAAGAUCGCAAGUUUUAGACCUGGCUGCUGUAUAUACACAGGCAAACUCAGCUGGCAUGUUUAUAGCACCAACAAAGUGGCUUCUGCUCCAAGAUUCAAGGAGUGGCGGGAAUGUGUCCGAUAAACCGUCACGAAUUAUGGACCGAGAGAUUUUUGAGCUAUUUGCGAACAUGUCGAUAUUUCCCGACAGCGACGUGAUUAUCGGGCAGAGAGUAAAGUCGGACUUCAUCAAAUUGAUUUCGAUCUACAGACCAAGUAAUGCGCGCAAUCUUGUCAUCGAGGAUCGAGGAUACUGGAAAGACGGAUUAGGCAUAACCUUAACCUCAACGCGGAUUUCCUCCGUUCGAAGAAAGAACUUGCAAGGAACACCGCUCAAGUCAUGUUUAGUCAUUACAGAUCCCGAUUCGAUCAACCAUUUGACUGAUUUCGAGGACCGGCAUAUAGACACGGUAGCCAAGGUGAAUUAUCCGUGGAUACUUUCCUUGGUGGAAAUAAUGAACGCAACAGUGAGCUUCGAGACCGUCGAAAGCUGGGGCUACCGAGCCUCGAACAAUACGUGGAGCGGGAUGAUCGGUAUGCUGGAUCGAAAGGAGAUCGAUUUGGGAGGCACGGCUUUGUUCUUCACUAAAGAGAGAAUCGACGUGAUUCAGUACAUUUCGCUCUACACGCCCACAAGGGCAAAGUUCAUUUUCCGACGUCCGUCCUUGUCUUACGUUAGCAACGUGUUUGUUUUGCCAUUUCGACCGACCGUAUGGAUAGCGAGCAUGGUGUUCAUCAUACUGGUAUCCGUUCUCCUGUACGUCGCCUGGAAAUGGGAAUGGCACACUACCCCGAAUGAAGUGAGGGAAAAGCUCCUCUUGUCCGGAAAUACAGCUCGCAUUUCGUUCAGUGACAAUAUGCUCAUUAUGAUCGGGGCAGUUUCUCAGCAAGGAUCUACGUUCGAGCCGCGCCGGGUUUCCACACGGAUUAUCGUACUGAUGAUGUUCAUCGCGCUUUUGAGCCUGUACACUUCGUACACCGCAAACAUAGUCGCUUUACUCCAAUCCUCAACUGGUUCUAUCAAUACCUUGGACAAGCUUUUGCGCAGUUCUUUGAAGAUCGGGGUCGCCGAUAUCGUCUACAAUCGUUACUUUUUACCGACGUUUCAAGACCCAGUUCGCAAGGCUAUAUACGAGCAAAAAGUUGUACCAAAAGGUCAAAAGCCAGCGUGGAUGAGCAUGGAAGAGGGAGUGCGAAGGCUGAGGAACGGGCAAUUCGCGUUUCACGCUGAAUUAGGUUCGGCCUACAAAUUGGUGCAGGAGACAUUCCACGAGGACGAGAAGUGCGGCAUUCAAGAAAUCGACUAUAUGAACAUCCUCGAUCCUCUUUUAGCUAUCCAAAAGCGCUCACCGUAUCUGGAGAUAAUAAAAGUUGGGGCGCUGAAGUUGCACGAAAGCGGAUUACAGACCCGUUACAUAACACGAUUAUACUCAAAAAAGCCGACAUGCAACGGUCACACCAGCUUCGUGAGCGUUGGCUUGAUCGACGUUUACGCACCCUUCGCAAUAAUUGUUGGUGGCGUAUUAUUGUCGCCGAUUGUUCUCUUAUUCGAGUUCAUCUGGUAUCGACGAAAAGUGCAACGCGAUGCUGCGGGGAAGAAAUCAUCCAAUAAACGCAGCAGACAUUCCUUCGAAGAUUCUUCUGAGUGGUCGCAAAGUAGUAAAGUAGUAAAGUAGUACAAAGUUAUUCGCAUAAUAGGUCUCAGAUUUGUCUUUUUUCCUAAUUAUUUGAAACUCGAAUAUUACACAGACUUGUAAUAUCAGAGUCUUAUAUCAACAACGAUUAAUUAAAACUUGUAUCGCCAAAGGUAGCCAUGUAAGACUAUCGCAUACUAGACAGCCUCAUCAUCAGAAUUACUCUUAUCUACGAUUAACUUUGUAAAAUCUCGAGACGUACUUGGCGCGGUUAUCUAUCUACACACUCGUAAAUUAAAUUGUCGUACUAUGAACGUAGAAAAAACUUUCUUGGUACAUCUGUAUCUAUCAAUUACUACAAACUCCGUUUUCUUUUUCGACUGUGUACAGGUUCGAUCAAAUGGUGUGACAAACGCGAACUUUGGACGUAUUUUUUACCCAAGGGAACAUUGAUCGACAGUAAAAGAUGAACAAGUAUAUAUACAAUCAGUCGCUGAAUACUUAAUUAAUAUUGCAAAUUACACGCAGAUUCUGCAGCUAAGAACGAAUUGUAUUUACCUUUUUGAUUUUGGAUUAUUUUCUAUAUUGGAAUAACCAACAUUUUUGUGACAGUAUUCUACAUUUUCAGCAAAACUGUCUUCUUCAAAUGUCAUCGGUCGAGAUAUUUUGAGAAAGCUACUUAAAAUGGGUCCAGAUUUGAACGAUGAACUCGAAUCAAAAUCGAAUUUAUUAACGUAAUAUAACUGGCAUUGAAAUUCACGGGGAGAUGGAUUAUUGAAGAAAAAUGAAACAAGAUUUGUGCACAAAUUGUCUUGCACAAGUGUAUCAAUAUACACAAGACUUUUAAUUUUACUGGUAAAAGUUCUUAGCGGGCGAUAGCGUGUCACCAUAUUUGCCCAAGAUUAAGAAUUGCAACUAUGUGCGGACAAAUUGACGUUGACGGAACGUUUCUAGAAGCCUACUAGCACCCGUAUACUGAGCCUCGCACACGUUGUCAGAAGUAUAUUGUACGUUUUUUUGAAUCGUUUUUUCACGUUUCUGAAAGUAGAUUUUAGUAAGCACGUUUUAAUGGACUUACAAUUAGAAAUACCAGGUCCAUGAAACAACUAAUAUAAGUUGUAGAAUUUACUCCAGUUGUCGCUAGUCAUUGCCCAGUUAUUCGAACAUAAAUUGACACAAUUGAGAAAGGUCACAAAGUAUGCUCAAGUAUCUGCUUAAUAAAAUCUUGAUAAAGAAAGAUAACGAUUGAAUGCAGUACGCUCUCUCUUGUCUAUGUAGUAAGCAAAAAUAUAUGUUUUGAGUGCACAUUUAAAAACCAGAAGUAACAUUGUUGGUUGGUUUCAAUUACGAAUGAAACUGCAGUCGCAUGUAUUUCAUAUCACAAUACCGUUCGAAUAAUAUAUUCUUUCGUUAUAAAUAAUAAAUUAGUGGAAACUAUACACGUACAGUAGUUAAUAUCGCAUUGACACACGUUAUUUUAACGCAUAAGGAAACAAUUCUGCCUAGCCCAUUUCAAUUAGUCACUGGAUUAGUCACCUUUGUCGGAUUGUGCUAAACACGUAAAAUUAGCUUCGCGCGAUGCGCUGAUGCGAUUUUAUUAAAAGAUUUUGCCC